AUUUGUAGGAGAACUGUCAAAACACGAACCGUGCUGGCUGGGAACCGUGUGGGCAUACAAAACCGCGUGUUAUUCCACCGCGAACGGUUCACACGAUUUUUUUUUGUUUUCCGUAUAAUAAAACACAAUGAAGCAACUACAAACGGAUAAAAACGAUGCCAAGGGUAAGCAGAAGGCAAAUCUGAAAAAGAAGUUCAAACCGGGCAAGAAACAGAAGGGCAAACAGAAGGCCAAGCCGAACAAGGAUUCGGACGAGUCGGAGGAUGAAAGAGGUACCGUGCCGCUGAAGGAAACGCGCAUCUCCGACGAGCCAAUCCCGAAGAAGAGCAAAUGGACCAACAAACAGCGCGUGCUGGUGCUGUGUGCCCGCGGCAUCAACCAUCGCGACCGGCACCUGAUGCGCGACCUGCGAACGCUGAUGCCCCACCACCGGGCCGAACCGAAGAUGGAACGCUGGAAGACGCUGUCGGUGGUGAACGAGAUGAGCGAGAUGAAGCACUGCAACAAGGUGGUGCUGUUCGAGGGGCGCCGCAAGCGCGACCUGUACAUGUGGCUGGCCAAUGCGGGCGUCGGACCGUCGGUGAAGUUUCUCGUCGAGAACAUUCACACCAUGGGCGAGAUGAAGCUGACCGGCAACUGUCUACGCGGCUCGCGGCCGCUGCUCUCGUUCAGCGAGGACUUCACCAAGCAGCCGCACCUGGUGCUGAUCAAGGAGCUGCUGGUGCAGAUCUUCGGCGUGCCGAACCACCACCCCAAGAGCCAACCGUUCAUCGAUCGCGUGAUCACCUUCACCUACCUGGACAACCGGAUCUGGUACCGGCACUUCCAGAUCCUGUCGGAGGACGGCGGGCUGACCGAGAUCGGGCCGCGGUUCGUGAUGAAUCCGAUCAAAAUCUUCAGCGGCUCGUUCGGGGGCGAUCCGAUCUGGGAGAACGCGGACUACCAGAGCCCGGCCAAGCACCGGCAGAUGCUGCGCAAGGCCGCCAGCGAGAAGUAUUUGCAGCGGACGAAGAAGAAGGUGGACCAGCAGGUGAACGCACCGAAAAACACGCACAAGCUGAUACCGCACGGCGACAUCUUCCGCGACGACGUGGACAAGCGGGCGAAGGUGUUGCUGAAGCAGGAACAGAAACAGGAGAAGCUGCAGCAGGAGCGUGAGAAGAUCGAAAAGCGGCAGAAGAUUAUGGCCGAGCGGGAUGCGAUGCGCAAGCUUAAGCUGGCGACGGCGAAGAAAAGCGCCAGCAGCAAGAAGCUUCCGACGAGGAAGGAACUUGCUAGGAAGCGGGAGGGUGACGAUCGUGGUGCGAAAAAAACGUUCAACGGUGUGAAAAAGGGCGCCAAGGGAGCGAAGGGCAAAAAGAUGGCCAUCGGUAAAUGAUUACACAUUUCGAGCGUAAAUAUUAAUAUACAGGAUUUAAAUAAAGGGCCGUACAUAUAGUGUUAAUGUACAAAACAGUAAA